AGGAAGUGCGAGUCACAGCCAAAACUCCUCAUAAAGUGAAGGAGCCGUGAGACCUGUCUGUCCGAGGGUUAGAGGUCUGUCCGUCCGUCCGUGUGCGGCUGGACACACUGAGCCAAGCAGGCAGAGAUGGGCUCCAUGUUUCGCAGUGAGGAGGUGUGCCUGGUGCAGCUCUUUCUUCAGUCCGGCUCGGCCUACAACUGUGUCAGUGAACUGGGGGAGCUGGGCCUGGUGGAGUUCAGAGAUUUGAAUCCCAAUGUGAACGCCUUUCAGAGGAAGUUUGUGGGAGAAGUCAGACGAUGUGAGGAGCUGGAGAAAACCUUCACCUUCCUGGAGCAGGAGAUCAAUCGCUCCCUGUCACCGCCCUUGCAUGGCCCCCUCCCUCCUCCUUGCCCGACGCCCUCGGCCCCUCAGCCCCGUGAGCUGAUCACCAUAGAGGAGGAGAGCGAGCGGCUGGCCAGAGAGCUCAGAGAGGUUUCCAGGAACAGAGACAGCCUUCGGGCCCAGCUGACCCAGCUCUGCCAAUACCGAGGAGUCUUGACCCAAACACACUCUCUUACUGCAACUCAGGCUCCACCACCUGUACUAGAGAGCCAAGGCCUAUUUGAUAACCGCCAAGAUGUCCACCUCAGUUUUGUGGCAGGGGUUGUUCAUCCUUGGAAAGUCCCCUCGUUUGAACGGCUGCUGUGGCGGGCGUGUCGCGGUUACAUCAUCGUGGACUUCAGAGAAAUGGAGGAACGGCUCGAGCACCCUGACACUGGGGAGAUGGUGCAGUGGACAGUGUUCCUUAUUUCCUACUGGGGAGAUCAGAUUGGACAGAAAGUCAAGAAGAUAUGCGAUUGCUUCCGCACACAGACGUUUGCUUAUCCUGAGAGCACUACAGAGAGGGAGGAAAUCCUCCAGGGACUCCAAGGCAGAAUCGAAGAUAUCAAAUCAGUGCUGUCCCAGACUGAGGCCUUUCUGCAGCAGCUGCUGAUGCGGGCGGUGGCUGUGCUGCCGCAGUGGAAAGUGCGUGUCCGCAAGUGCAAAGCCGUCCAGAUGGUGCUGAACCUCUGCAGCCCCUCAGUCACCGACAAAUGUCUGAUCGCCGAGGCCUGGUGUCCCGUUGCCAAGCUGCCUGAACUGCAGAGCGCUCUGAGAGAGGGAGGGAGAAAGAGCGGCAGCGGGGUGGACUCUUUCUACAACCGCUUGCCCUCCUCCACCCCCCCGCCCACCCUGUUCCCCAUCAACUCUUUCACAGCCGGCUUCCAGAACAUCGUGGACGCCUACGGGGUGGCCAGCUACCGCGAGGUCAAUCCAGCGGUGUACACUAUAAUUACCUUCCCCUUCCUGUUUGCGGUGAUGUUUGGGGAUGUGGGUCAUGGUUUGCUGAUGACCCUGGCUGCCCUCUGGAUGGUCCUGGAGGAGAAGGACCCCAAACUGAAGAAUAACAGCAAUGAGAUCUGGCGGAUGAUGUUUGGAGGUCGCUACCUGAUCCUGCUGAUGGGGCUCUUCUCCGUCUACACGGGGGCCAUCUACAACGAGUGCUUCAGCAGGGGCCUCAGUCCCUUCAGCUCCGGGUGGCACGUCAACCCCAUGUUUAAGAUCAACAGAUGGAAUUCCUCAGUCCUGGAACAGAGCCAGUACCUGGCCAUGGACCCUGUUGUGCCCGGCGUCUUCACGGGGCCCUACCCGUUUGGCAUCGAUCCGAUUUGGGGUAUGGCCAACAACAAGCUCACUUUCCUCAACUCUUAUAAGAUGAAGAUGUCUGUCAUCAUUGGUGUCAUCCACAUGACCUUUGGAGUUUGCUUGUCUUUCUUCAACUACAAGCAUUUUGGCCAGAUGAGCAGCGUGUUCUUGGUGCUAAUCCCAGAGCUGUUCUUCAUGCUGUGUCUGUUUGGCUACCUGGUCUUCAUGGUGUUCUUCAAGUGGAUUGCCUACACGCCUGACCAGUCUAAAAUCGCCCCCAGUAUACUUAUCCACUUCAUAGACAUGUUCCUCUUCACAGAAAACUCAGACAACCCCAACCUCUAUACAGGACAGAUGGUGGUGCAGAAGAUCCUGGUGGUUCUGGCUCUGUGCUCUGUCCCGGUGCUGCUGUUUGGGAAGCCCACUUAUGAAUACAUGACACACAAGAAGAGGAGACGCAAUGUGGAGGAAGACAGACGUCCCCUCGUGGCCGACAACGGUUCCAUCAACGCUCAUCAAGGAGAAGUCGAGGGAGGAACUAGCGAAGAAGAGGAGGAGGAGUUUGAUGCUGCAGAUGCGUUCAUGCACCAGGGCAUCCACACCAUAGAGUACUGCCUGGGCUGCAUCUCCAACACGGCCUCGUAUCUGCGACUCUGGGCUCUCAGCCUGGCACACGCACAGCUGUCCGAGGUGUUGUGGGUGAUGGUGAUGCGUAUCGCUCUCAAGUGGCAAGGCUACGUGGGAUCGGCGGUCCUCUUCGUGGUCUUCUGCUUCUUCGCUCUGCUGACCGUGUCCAUCCUGCUGGUCAUGGAGGGCCUCUCGGCUUUCCUGCACGCCCUCCGUCUGCACUGGGUGGAGUUCCAGAACAAGUUCUACAGCGGAGCAGGAUACAAACUGAGCCCCUUCUCCUUCUCGUCUCUGAUCAACGCACCAGCUAUAUGAUUGGUCCAACCAUAAUUAAUCAGGAUUGCCAAAUGUCCAUGCUAAUUUAUGUAUCUUACUGAGCACUUACUGCCCCCCCUUUCUCAUUUCAGAACGGUUUUGUUUUCACUUUCCUCUUUACUUUGGUGUCUCCUUGUAAUUUGCUUCAGGAUGAGGAAUGGUUUAAUUCACCUGCACGAUGACUCGGACUGUUAUUUUGGCUCAUCAGCACAAGGAUAAUGUCUCUGUCCUGACGAUUGCAAAUACGUUUUUGUAUCUCCGCCCUUCUCAGUUUUCUUUGGUUACCAAAGUUACGUAUUACGCCCCAUCGUCUUUUAUAUCUUUGAAUAGGUAACAAAAUAGUCACCGAUCUUGUUUACUUAUCACUGCAUGAGCCUGGAUUGUAAACAUCAAAUCAUCAAAAGGGAAGCACAUCAAUGAAUGAAUCUGUUUUACAGUUUAAGGGAAUGUACAAUUAUUGAAUUAAUGUGUCAUGCUUGAAGCACAGUGUAAUCCAGUUGGAUUCUCCAGAUGAUAGCAGGGAAUUAUCUGAAUGAUUGUCACAAGCCAAAGAUACUGAGCUGACUAUGGGCGUCACUCUGUCCAUCCUCCCAGCACACACAACACAUAACUGCAACAUUAACUGGUAGAAAGUAUUCUCUGGUGCCUUGUUUGGUGUGGAGCGAGUGCCUGUUUAUCCACUGUGUGUUUUACAGAUGAAAUCCUGCAUCACCACACCACCGUUUCAAACAAAAGUCCACCUCGGCCAGUCGUCUCUUGUUUCUGCUCGUGUGUACCGUCACAGUGCUCUACUCUGGAUCGAAAUGAAAUAAAAUGAAUUUCUUGUUUCA